AUGGGAGAUGGACGCCAACAAAACGAAAUCCAAAGGGAUGAUGUUCGAUUAUCUGACUCGGGAGGCGAGGACAUGGCAGCAGAUCUUUGCCCAUUAUGUGAUGUCUACCACGCACUUCUCAUAGAUUCUGGUAGAUAUGCUCGCUCUGAUCAGGUGUAUUAUGGAGGGUCACCAGCUGUAUUUCCCUCACCUGAUCAGGAAGAUGAUGAGUUGCCACCCCCGAUCUAUGGAAAGGAGAAAGUGAUUCCGUGGGGGACUUGGGUGGAUGAGAGACCAGCCCCGCAUAAAUCCAGAGCCCGCUCAGCAGCAGUAGCAGUAAGUAGGCCACCUCCUUCUUCAACAGCAGCAGCAUCUGGCCCAUCAUCUUCUAUAGCAGCAACCGGACCCUCUGUACUAUCAGCAUCGGCCAGUCAGCCACCACCACCACCCUCAUCAACACCUCAUCCGACCUACAGGCUAGUUCAGCAUUUGAUCAGGCGCAGCGAUUGGAGCGAUCACCGCAUUGAGCGACACUUUAGGCGCAUGACUCAGAUGUUGGCAUCACUUGGAGCCAUUAUACCCCCUGAUUCUGACACCUCCGAGCAUUCUGAGGAGGAGGCAGAUCAUCAAGAGGAGGCUGGGCAGGCAGAGGUACCUCUAGAGACUCAGGCUUCCCCAUUGCCACGGCCACAGCCGCAGCCAUAG